AAACAUGUUUACACUGUUAUAGUAUGUUACUCAGGUGAGCGACCUAGGGCCCUCUUGUAUAAAUUUUUGUUUUAUUCUUUUAUAGGUCCCCCUCCGCCAGAUGCACCACCACCCCCACCCCCUGGUGGAGCACCUCCUCCACCACCGCCUCCUAGUGCUGAUAUUCCAGCAGAAGUCACGGGGGAUGGAGGUCGCUCAAGUUUGAUGGAUGCCAUAAGAAAAGCUGGAGGAAGUAAAGGGGCGGGGCUUAAGAAUGCAAAGGACAAAAGCGAUGAAAGAAAGAAGAAGAAAAAGGAAGAAAAACAGAGCUCCGGUGGUGCUAGUAAAGGGGGCGGAGAUUUAAUGGGUGAUCUAUUUGCUAAGUUGACUAUGAGAAGAAAAGGUAUAUCUGGAUCGGGUAAACCAGGAGAAGGGGGAGGGGGAAGUGAAAAGAGCGAGGGGGUAGGAGGGGCAAUGGACAAAAUUUCUUCAAUGAUUCCAGCGCCUCCAAAACCUCCAGAAAGUGAGGCAACAGCCGCAGAUAACGAGGACGAUUGGGAAUAAGUCAUGAAAAAAUUAGACCAAAGUGAUAACUUGUGCAAUAUGUGAUAUACAUGUAUGUUUGUUUUGUAAUAAUACACUCUGACAUCACAUCAACCUACUUUAAGAAAAGAAACAGUGCUACCUUAUUUAAUCUACAAUUUUACGUAUAAUGUACAUGUAUGUUCGAAGCAAAAUGUUAAAGGUAUACAGAUCAAGCAGUAUUUGAUUAAUCCCGAAAAACAUUCAGAAUCAUUUGUACACUGCAUGGCAUAAGUGAGACAGUUUCAUCUUCUCAUGAAAUUAUUUAACAAGAAGUAUAUCUUCUUUUUUGUGUUUAAAUUAAUUAAAGUAUGCUUUUGCAAUAUAUUAUUACUUAAUUGACACCUGCCGAUUUAUGAAAUACUAGUUUGUAAUGUUGCCUUUUACAUGUAUGCUCAUUUGAAGAGUCAGUGUUGGCCUUUGAUACUAGAGUUUUGAAUUGGUCAAAAUGCUAGAGUUUGUGGUCGGUCAAAAUACUAGAGUUUGGAAUGGUCAAAAUACGAGGGUUGAUUCAUGUUGUAAGCUAAAUCAGUUAUGAUUUCACGCGUAAAUGUUAAUUCCUAGGGCUGAUUCGUUUUAAUAACUCAGACCUUCAAAGUUCACCCUGGACGAUAUGCCACCACAGGCAAAAACAGCAUUUCUUUGUUAAACAGAAAAAAACAACUAACCAAUGACUAUCGCCAAUGAACGUUAAAAUAGCGCACCAAAUCUCAUGAAAUUAUAAUGAUGUGAAAUUAUGUCUUUUAGCAAUCAAACAUGAAAAGUAAAGUGACAUUCUUGCAGAUUAAAGUCCUCUGUGUAGUGCAAAGGCUUGUCAUUGCUGAGUGAUAAAAAUAUCCUUUUUUGAUGUCAAUGAGGUCAGUGACGUGCAGUGAUCAUCAUUACCAUGCUUUCUGUGCAUGUCGAUAACUCGUUAAGUAAGCAGUAAUUUCUUAUAUUAUUUUUAGAAAAUAUUGUGAAUAGAUCAAGGUACAUGGACAGGAUUUUUUGUUGUUUUCUUUCAUUAACAUUUUUUUGGCUUCAGUGGCAUUACUUUUGGAUCAACCCUUGUACUUGAAAUUGGUCAAUAUGUCUGCAUUCGUUAAUCAGCACAAAAAAAAGCCUGGAAAUUGAUUUACCAGUAAUCUUAAUUAAGAUAUUGUAAACAUGAAUAUUUUGUUUAACAUAACUCCUAUGAGUAGGCAAUUUUACUUAGAAGUUAGAUCAUGACAUUGCAUGGGAAAACUGUUCUAUGAACUUUUUUUUUGGUCAUGUAAUUGUAUUUUCAGUAAGAUAAGUAUAUAUAACAGAUUAAUUAAAGGUCCAUAAACCUCAUAAUUUCUGUGAAAAAAAGCACAGAUCAAAAAUGUGUCCAAAUAGAGAAUAUGCAUAUUUUCUUAGAAAAGCACACUUUUCAAUACUGUGAAAUCAUUUAAAUUCGUUGGCAUGAAAUUUCGCGCAAACGUAAAAAAGGACUGUUUCGCGCGGGCUUUAAUUCGCGCAUUUUCAGUUUAUAAAUGAAAAAAUAAAGUAAAAAAACAAUAAUAACACGGUCUUAAAUUCGCGCAUCAGUUCUAGCAUGAAAUAUGCGAAAAUUCGUCCUAUGCGAAUAAAAAUGAUUUCACAGUAUUACACUUGACCUUAUACAGUCAGAACUGUAAUUGACUUUGUCGUCGUUUUUUAAAACUGUUUUUUUUGUAUCAUUUAGUGACGCUAUUGAAAGACUGGAAAUUCCUGGAUAGCCAUCUUUCAUUUUACCUUAAUGGAAUUUGAUACCUAAUCUUGUUAUAAAAUGAUGGAACAUAUUCAAAUACAUCUAAUCUGGAAUUGCUGGAAGGUUAAAUUAUGGAAAAAUACACAUUCGUUGACAGCGAGUCAAUGUUAAAAAAAAAAAAAUAAUAAUAAAACGUUUAACGUUUCUUUGAACUGGGUCUUUUGUUACAGGUCGGCUGAUUUUCAAAAUGUGUGCCACCCCCCCUCCCCACCCCCAAAUCUGAAAAUGCUUCCUACGUGACUGUGUCAUAAUUUACAUUUCAACAGUUUUAUGGUUAUUUACAGAAUGAUGUUUAGUUGUCAGAGAGCACUAUAUACCAUUUCAGCUUGUUUUGAUACACUGUAAAAAUCAUUUUAAUUUCAUGAACGUGAAAUUUUAUGGUUGCGACCACAGUGGAUAUUUUAUCAGGAUAUGAAUUCAUGGAUUUUAAAUUUUUCAGCAGUAAACAAAUGAAAAUGUUACUUGUUCAUUGGAAUUUUUAAAAUUACAUGGGUUAACUCAAUCAUGAAAUUCAAGAAAAUUAGUCCCCCAUGAAUGGUAAUGAUUUCACAGUGUCGCUGCAUAAUUUCUAUGGUUUCCAUUUAUUUAAGUUAGAAUCUGCGUUUUAGUAUUCUUGGUCUAUUAUUUAGCAUAUUUCUGAAAAAUGACAUAUUACCUAUAGAAGAAGAAAAGCUUAAUUCAAACAUGAUAAAAAAAUGAUUAACCACCAUCGGUUGGGAAAACACGUAAAACAGCGAACCUGCUAACAACAUCUGUAUCUUUGGCAUAUUUUGUAUAUGCUGGAAUGAGGAAUACUUGAGAUGAAAGAGCAGUUUCAAAUUUGGCAAUUUUCAUCAUUUUAAUGAAAUUUGAGCCAUGCCAUGAGAAAACCAACAUAGUGGCUUUGUGACCAGCAUGGAUCCAGACCAGCCUGCGCAUCCGCUCAGUCUGGUCAGGAUCCAUGCUGUUCGCUUUCAAAGACUAUUGUAAUUAGAGAAACCAAUAGCGACCAGCAUGGAUCCUGACCAGACUGCGCGGAUGCGCAGGCUGGUCUGGAUCCAUGCUGGUCGCAAACCCACUAUGUUGGUUUUUUCGUGGCACGGCUCAUUUAACUUGCUUCAGAAAUAUUUUAUUUUGUUGAUUUGACAACACAUUUUGAGAUAAUCAGAUUUGGCUUCCUUUGUUGAUGAGGAAAUGUAUAUGUAUAUGCAGGGGACACAAGAUGUACAUUUUGUUUUUGUUCACACAUUCCAGUUGCUUACAUAUAUAUUCAUGCUGUUGAUUUUCAAAAAAAGGCAAAUACCUUAAAAAAUACUCGGUUUGGACACAAUUCAGUUGUAUUCAACUUUUGAAACUGAAUUCCAACAUUCAUUUUAUCUGUUGAAAUAGAUAAGAUAAUUUAAAACGCAUAUUUUCCUUCAUAUUUCAUUCGAUUUCAUUGGAAUUUCCCUCUUUGUAAUGUAUCAAUACAUAUGAUAUGAUUUAAUUGAUGAAUAUACAUUAAUAUUUUUGAUCAUUCAAAUAUUGACAAAAAAUAAUUUUAUGUUUAUUAGGCUGAGUACUCACCUGAAAAUAUAUGGUUGUGUUAAAGGCCGAAAACCUCUGAUUUUCAACCCAUUAACCUUUAGCCUACUAAAUUUCUGAAAUGGACUAGUCCAUCAUUCAGUUUGGGCAGCACCAUUUAUUAUUUGUGGGGGUUGUUGAUUGAAAAUUUACUGACUGAAUAGUGAACAGUGCAGACCAUGCUGAAUCACUUGCCGCUAGCGGGCUAGAGGUUAAUGUCUCGAUUGUUUGAAAGAGGAUAUGUUUGUUACUGUGAUACACAAAGUUAUGGACCUAUGUAUGAAGUUAACUUGUUUACGAUAUGGUAAUUGAAUGAUGUAUAGAUUUUAUUAAAACAAAUCAGAGAUUUA